CAAUGAUAAAGGAGAUUCAAUACGGUACUAUGACAAAAGCGCUCCCAAUAAAGACUUGGUGCAUUCAUUGCAGUCUGAAGCAGGUGUAAGGAUAUUCGAUAUUAGUGUCGUUGGACCUAUAAUUCAAGAAAAGCCGUUAAAUUUACCGUGUGAUAGUCAUAUGUGUGAGCACUUUUGUGUAUCUGCAGCCGACGGAAAACAUGAAUGCGUCUGUUGGGAUCAAUAUAUUUUGAAAUCCGAUGGCACGUGUAGUAUUGAUCCAGGAAAUGUAAAACCUCCAGUAUACAUUAUUGCAAAAUCUGACUCUAUUGCCCUUUUCGACCCUUUGUUACUGCAUUACGGUGUGGAAAACAAGCAACAAUACAUCCGUGAUAUCAUCAGCGUAGCAGAAUUCGUGACAGCUUUAACGGUUGAUUCUCACAGUAGAUCACUAUUUUAUGCAACAUCGAAAAUUAAAGCAAUAAGACUGGAAAACGGAACAAGAUCGUCAGCACUGCGAGAAAAUAUCGGUCGUGUUUAUGGUAUGGCGGUUGACUGGAUUUCCUUCAAUGUUUACUGGGCCGAUUAUGAUUUACAUCAUAUCAUGGUGUCAACCUACGAUGGACAAGUUACGCAAGAACUUGUUUCGAGUGACGUCGUCAAACCAAUGAGCGUAGCCGUAGACCCUAACGCCAGAUUAAUAUUUUGGUCGGAGGUUGGUCUACCUGGUCAAAUAGAAUCAUCUGAUUUAAAUGGCAGUAAUCGGCGAGUCCUUGUAGAUUCAACAUCAGCUUCGCCGACAGCAACGACACUCGAUUAUAAAGAACAGAGGGUUUAUUUUGCCAAUGAUCAUAACAUGGAUAUUCAAUAUGUUAAUUAUGACGGCACCGAAUUAACUAAGGCUUAUACCAGCCACCAUUCGGUCCAAGGUUUAACCAUAUUUCAGGACUUCAUAGCAAUGGCUGAAACAUAUUCUAAUUUUGGAUUGAUUGAGGGAUUUCACAAGUCAUCUACAGAAUUAGAAGGCCUUAUUGAUAUUAAUGAUAGUGUUUACGCCAUUGAUAUCUUUGACAAGUCCAGGCAACCUAUCAUUGAUGAAAAUGGUGCAGUAAUUGGUGCUGUGUUGGGGGCUGUUAGUUGUAUUAUUAUCAUCAUCAUAAUCAUAGUUUAUUAUUACAGACGGCAGAAUAGACAACCACUAGCAGAAGGAGCAUACAUAAAUGAUGAUAACGGCAACAACAACAACAUUCAUCCCCCUGAUCCAAUUGGGCGUCUUCAGCCUCAGCCUGGUAUGCAGGGUCACGUGUAUGAGUCAAUUAGAGAAGGCCAGGCCCGAAUCGUAGCGAUAGACAACACCCCUACUGGAUUCCGACACAAUCCUGUGUACGGUCUAUCAGGGACGUAA